AUGCCGGACACUCAGCUCCCAAAUGGCGACCCCGUGGAGACGAUCGUAUGCUCCAUCCAGUCCGUUCCCAUAACGGAGAAACGCAAGCCAUUUAUCAAUACCGAUCCAGGUUUGGAACUCUACCAUGCAGGCACAGCGCGCGCGAACAUCGCUGCAUCGGCAGAAUCCCCCCAUGGGACUACCGAGAAAGACUGGACGACCCGUCAUUCGCAUCAAUCCGUCCUACAGCAGCAUUGCGAUUUCUUCGACGCUGAUCAUGAUGGAAUCAUCUGGCCACAAGAUACGUUCUGGGGCUUUCACCACUUGGGCUUCGGCGUUAUACUCUCUCUGGCAGCCGUCUUUAUCAUUCACGCAAACUUCUCCUACCCAACCCUGCCAACCUGGCUCCCUGAUCCCUUCUUUCGCCUCUACAUCACUAAUGUUCACAAGGACAAGCACGGCAGCGACAGUAACACCUACGACCACGAGGGCCGCUUCAUCCCCCAGAAGUUUGAAGAUAUCUUCACGAAGUAUGCGGAGGGUAGAAACUACCUGACGAUUUGGGACGUGAAGAAUAUGAUCAUGGGGCAGCGGUGCAUUGCGGAUCCGAUUGGCUGGGGUGGUGCCAUUUUUGAAUGGCUGGCGACGUACAUCAUGCUAUGGCCGGAAGAUGGACGCAUGAUGAAGGAGGAUAUUCGGGGGAUCUAUGAUGGCAGUAUUUUCUACACCAUCGCGGCGAAAAGAACACAGGGCAAGAAGCACGGGUCUUGAACUCCCAUAUGCGUUGGUCUAAGUCGUGGCGCGAUGCUAGCUAUUUGCCAGCGUCUCAGGAAAGGACCGAUAGAUUCUAGCCUUGGACGAGACACCAUGAGUCUCUUUCUAGCAUAAGACAAAUGCAUGGCAUUUGGCUUGGGGUUGCGGAGGUUAUUAAUAUCACAUUGAGAUAGAUAUUCGCAACCGAAUGGCUAGAUACAUUCCUGAAGAACUCCAUGUCGGAGGCGUCCAUAGUGGGAAAGUGGUUACAGGCUAGGUGUACACUGAAUCAUAUCUGACCUGUAUUCAAAUUAAGCAAGAUCCCGAGUAAUGACAGAGAUCUGUAUGUAAUUCUGCU